AUGGCGCAGACCUUCACCAAUCCAAUAAUAUGGGAAGAUCUCGCCGACAACGAGGUCCAUCGAGUGGACGAUACUUUCUACAUGACGGCUUCGACUAUGCACUACUCGCCAGGCGCUCCCAUCCUGCGGUCCAAAGACUUGGUCAACUGGGAGUAUUUCAGCCAUUCGGUGCCUUCCCUCGACUGGGGUACCAAGUACGACCUGGUCGAUGGUCAGAGAGCUUACAUCAAAGGCAUCUGGGCAUCUUCCCUUCGUCAUCGGGCGAGCAACGGUCUGUGGUACUUUGUUGCUUGCAUCGAAUUUUCAAAGACGUACAUCUACACGGCUUCGAACCCUGCCGGUCCCUGGACAAGAGCGGGCACGAUCGACAAUUGCUACUACGAUGUGGGUCUGAUGUUUGACGACGAUGACACUCCUUAUGUGGCUUACGGAAACACGGCUAUUUCGGUUGCCCAACUGUCGGCCGACGGUCUUUCCGAGGUCCGCUCGGAGGUUGUAUACAACACUCCUAGCAGCAUCGGUGCCUUGGAAGGCUCUCGCAUGUACAAACGAAAUGGCAACUACUACAUCUUCCUCACCCGACCGCCUGAUGGGCAAUACGUGCUCCAAUCCUCCAGCCCGUGGGGUCCGUACACGGUCAAGGUGCUUGCUGACAAGCUAAGCCUUACUGCUGUGCCUAGUGCGGGCUCGCCUCACCAAGGAAGCCUAGUUGAUACACCCAACGGGGACUGGUACUACAUGGGCUUCGUGGAUGGAUAUCCAGGAGGUCGCUUUCCAGUUCUUGCCCCAAUUACCUGGGGCAGUGAUGGAUUCCCGUCUCUGACACUAGUGAACGGCCAAUGGGGAGACUAUCCAUACCCUCUUGCAAAAGUUGAUGUCCAAAGCUCUCUCGGCACAGACUCUUUUACGGGAACGACCCUUCGGCCUGAAUGGGAAUGGAAUCACAAUCCUGACACAAACGGCUUCACGAUAAACGAUGGACUUACUCUCCGUACUGUCACUAUCACGUCCGAUCUCUAUCAAGCCCGUAACACUCUCAGCCACCGCAUUCGAGGCCCCAUCGGAACUGGCACAGUCCGUCUUGAUGUCGCCAAUAUGGCUGACGGUGAUCGUGCUGGCCUCGCAGCGCUGCGCGAUCAGUCUUCGUUGAUCGGGAUUGAGCGUUCCGGGGACGCGUACGACAUCAUUCUCAUGGGCGGUAUCGACAUGAACUCGGAUUGGACAACGGCUUCGACCGGCACGGUGGUGCAGCGGCAAAGCCUUACGCUCAGCGGCUCGAAGGAAGUCUAUCUGAGCAUGAAGGCGGAUAUUCGGCCUGGAGGAGCUGGCAAUGUCGUUUUCAGCUACAGCACUGACGGUCAGACCUUCACAACUCUUGAAUCGUCAUUCUCUCUUCACAACGAUUGGCAAUUCUUCAUGGGUUACCGGUAUGGAAUCUUCAACUAUGCUACGAAGGCUCUCGGAGGCUCUAUGCGAGUUGUGUCGUUCACCAGCGAAGCGUAG